GUCUCUUCAUCUGUUCGUCCGAUGUUCCCAUUGACCACAGGGCCUUAUUACAUCUAAAGUCUUGAAUCAACUCAUCAUUUGUUAACGGUGACAGCCCAAUAAAGAAGCCAACCAGCGUUGGCCAUCACAUUCGACACUCACAAGAUCACAGCAGCAAGCUGUCGCAGAUUCCUACUAUAGGCUCAUAGCCCCUCCCCCUCACUUAUUGCUUAUGUACCUCUAGGGGUAAGGUAGCCACCCUCCUGAACCUACCCUCAGAAACACCACUCUCUCGGCCCUUCCCUUUUAUUCUCAAGACAUAUAUAUCUAUCCCUCUUCUCACUUAAAGUCGGUUGGAAUCUGUGGUACCGUGGGUCAUCAUCACCUCUGGCAUCACCCAACUAUCUAGAAAGACACCCCACUCGGCAUCACUCACCUCCUCUCGAAAUAAUGUCAUCAAGACCAGGUCUCUUCACGCGCGGCCUCUCCGGCCUGUCGCAAAGUAACGAUGCCAGCGUGAGCUCGCCAGCUGCAGAGCGGGAUGACGCGAAGCGCAACUUCCUCAAGACGAUGCGUCCUUUGCCGACGCAGCAUUACUGGAACAUUUGGUUCGAUAGACCUGAUAAGGACCAGCAGGGCAAGUCCGCCGAUGGUAGCUACCACUCGAACUUGGAGAAGCUCGGGUCCACGAUCGAAAGCGUCCAGGAUUUCUGGCGCUACAACAAUAACAUGCCCAUCGAGAACAUCAAGAUGCGCGAGUCCAUCUAUUUGUUCAAGGCCGGAUUUAAGCCUGUCUGGGAAGACCGCCGCAACAUUCUCGGCGGUAGCUGGACCUUCCGCGUCCCCAAGGCCAACGGGGCUGAUUUCUGGACUCGCGUGCAGCUCCUUGCUAUUGGAGAGGAGUUGCAGGAUGUGCUCGAAGAGGGUGACCAAAUCUGCGGCGUAGGCCUGUCGGUCCGCUUCAACGCCCACCUAAUUUCCAUUUGGCACCGUGACGCAUCCAAGCAAAAGUCCGUUGACGCCAUUCUCCAAUUGGUUCUCACCAAGGCCAUCCCGGACGACUUUCCCCCACUCAAGCCGGAUAACUACUUUUACAAGAAGCACUCGGACCAUGCGGGCUUCAACCCCUCGCCGGAGAUGCAGGCUGUUCUGGACUCGCAAAAGGCGAGGGAGCAGCAUGCUGCCGCUGUUGCGAAGGCUCAGGCACAGGCGGCCCAGCAGACGACGGCCCAUCAAGGGAGUCAGAGCCAGCCGGAACCACCCCAGAUUGUUGAGGUGCCGCCUUCGGGCGAGGCAUAAGCUUGGACAAUAGAAUUUGACCGUCGUUGUCAAAGGCGACGACUUUAUCAAUAGUAAGGCUGUUGCUUUGGGGGGUUUCAUGGACAAGGAAAGCGGAGACAAAUGCAAGGAUGCAUCCGAACAGGAAGGAAGAAAGAAGAAAGAACAACAACAGAGACGACGUAAACUGAAUUCUGCGGGGGAAACAGUUACUAAGCAACAAAACCGAAAUGUCCAACUACAAGAUUCAAAUUUGUCUGAUUAUACGGGAGGGUAAAGUUGGUUAAGAUCUGCAUUGUCUUGGGCGUUGGAUCAGUUAGUGUAUUAGUAUGGGGGCACGCUUCUUGAAUACUGUUUCCAGAGAUCCCUCAAGAUAAAGUCAGUCACCUGUAUCUUGGGUCUUAUUUUUCUUACAUGUCAUUGCAUGGAGCCUCUUUGA